AUGAAUUCGCUUCACAAAACGAAGGUUGGGUGUUCCAUUUGGCGCCAUUCAUGUUCCCUCCUUCACUCCAUAGUAUCCAAUGGGCCACCACCACCACCACCAUUGAAUGUUCUUCAUGCCCACUCCCUCAAGAAUGGUUCUCUUCAAACUUUGAAUUUGGCUAACUAUCUUUUGACUCUGUAUGUUAAAUCCGGCAACAUGGACCAUGCCCAGAAGCUAUUUGAUGAAAUUCUCCACAAAAACACUCAGACGUGGACCAUUCUUAUUUCGGGUUAUGCUAGAACUGGCUCUUCAGACGUGGUCUUUAGCCUUUUUAGAGAAAUGCAGACAAAGGGUGCUUGUCCAAAUCAGUAUACUUUGUCUAGUGUCUUCAAGUGUUGUUCAGCUGAAAACAAUCUUCAAUUGGGUAAGGGUAUCCAUGCGUGGAUGCUGAGAAAUGGGAUUCAUGGAGAUGUUGUGCUGGAGAACUCUAUUCUUGAUCUUUACUUGAAAUGCAAGGCUUUUGAAUAUGCAGAAAGGCUGUUUGAGUUGAUGAAUGAGGGAGACAUUGUGUCAUGGAAUAUAAUGAUCGGCGCGUAUCUGCGUGCUGGAGAUGCAGAUAAGUCUCUUGACAUGUUCCGGAACUUGCCUUACAAGGAUGUUGUGAGUUGGAAUACAAUCAUAGACGGGCUGAUGCAAUGUGGUUGUGAUAGAUGUGCAUUGCAACAACUCUAUUGUAUGGUGGAAUGUGGGACUCUGUUCUCUGCUGUCACGUUCUCCAUAGCUCUUAUUUUGGCUUCCUCUUUAUCACUUAUGGAGCUCGGGAGACAGCUUCAUGGGCAGGUCUUAAAACUUGGUUUUAAUGGUGAUGGUUUUAUAAGAAGUUCACUCAUAGAAAUGUAUUGCAAGUGUGGGAGAAUGGAUAAGGCAUCUACAAUUCUCAAAGAUGUACCUCUGGAUAUUCUGAGAACAGGGAAUACUGGAGUUACUUGCAAAGAAUCAAAAGCAGGAAUAGUUUCAUGGAGUUCAAUGGUUUCUGGUUAUGUUUGGAAUGGCAAGUAUGAAGAUGGUUUGAAAUCUUUCAGGUUAAUGGUUCGCACACUGGUUGUAGUGGAUAUUCGAACUGUCGCAACCGUUAUAUCUGCUUGUGCUAAUGCUGGAAUUUUGGAAUUUGGUAAGCAGAUGCAUGCCUACAUUCAGAAAAUUGGGCAUAGAAUAAAUGCUUAUGUUGGCUCCUCCUUAAUUGAUAUGUAUUCUAAAUCUGGUAGCUUGGAUGAGGCCUGUCUGAUUUUCAGACAAAUUAAUGAACCAAAUGUUGUUUUGUGGAGCUCAAUGAUAUCUGGCUAUGCGCUACAUGGUCAAGGAAGGCAUGCCAUUGGUCUUUUUGAAGGAAUGUUGAAUCAGGGUAUUAUACCAAAUGAGGUUACCUUUUUAGGGGUUUUAAAUGCAUGCAGCCAUGUAGGGCUGCUUGAAGAAGGCAGAAGAUAUUUUAGGAUGAUGAAAGAUGCUUAUUGCAUCAAUCCCGGAGUUGAACACUACACUUCUAUGGUUGAUCUUUAUGGUCGAGCGGGUCACUUAAUUGAGACAAAGAAAUUUAUCUUGGAAAAUGGUAUCUCUCCCUUGACUUCUGUAUGGAAAUCAUUUUUAUCGUCUUGUCGACUUCAUAAAAAUAUUGAGAUGGGAAAGUGGGUUUCUGAAAUGCUACUUCAAGUUGCACCAUCUGAUCCAGGAGCCUAUAUUCUGCUAUCAAAUAUGUAUGCUUCUAAUCAUAGCUGGAACGAGGCUGCCAGGGUAAGGAGUUUAAUGCAUCAAAGAGGUGUCAAGAAGCAGCCUGGUCAAUCUUGGAUUCAGCUAAAGGAUCAAAUCCACACUUUUGUCAUGGGAGAUAGGUGUCACCCACAAGACAAGGAAAUAUAUUCAUAUUUGGACACUUUAAUUGGAAGGUUGAAGGAAAUUGGAUAUUCCCUUGAUGCGAAACUGGUCAUGCAGGAUGUAGAAGAAGAACAAGGGGAAGUUCUUAUUAGUCAUCACAGUGAAAAGCUAGCAGUUGUCUUUGGCAUCAUAAACACCGCCCAUAGGACACCGAUUCGAAUAAUGAAGAACCUCCGCAUUUGUAUGGAUUGCCAUAACUUCAUCAAGUAUGCUUCUCAACUUCUAGAACGUGAAAUAAUUGUGAGAGAUAUUCAUAGGUUCCAUCAUUUUAAGCAUGGUAGUUGCUCUUGUGGAGAUUAUUGGUGA